AUGGCCAAGGAAAUGAUGAUAGUGUUUGUGUAUGACACACAAUGCUGCGUCUCAGAGGAAGAUGACCCAGCCGAGGCUGUACUUUACUUCCAUCCUGGAUGGGUUUCUGACACACAGAGACAUGCUUUAGCUGGACAGGUGGUGGGCGCAGGGCACUGUGUCAAGAGCCUCUUCUCCCAGCCGGUGGCCAUCACACUACAAAGCGGGAAGUUCAUCCUCAGGGAAUAUGGGAGAUACGUCCUGGCGAUAGGCAGCGAUCGAAAUAUUCCUGAUUGGGUGUUAAAAAACCGAGCCAGCUUGUUGACAUCAAUGAUCAAGGUUUACCAUGGCGAUCUGAACAUGCUCGCUGCGCAGAUGGAGGACCAGAAGAGGUUGGCGGAGAAGCUGUACCAAGUGUUCGAAACGUACCUCCCCGUACUACAAUACGGUUGUCAUAUCUUCCAACGGGUUCCAAUGCUGAGUCUGCCGAAAAGCGCCACCUCAGUAUACAUGGAGUCAAUGCAAAUCCUGGAGCACUGUCGGAAAAGCAAGGGCGUACUGGGAGGAGUUAUUCUUUACAACAAUAAGAUUAUCUCCACUCAAUUGCCACCAAGUCUUACCUCUUACCUGACCGUGGUAGAUCCCUAUCGAAUAAAAUCACCAGCGGAGACGUUGCAAACUGAAACACCGUUGCCUUUCGGAGCACAGCUUCUGGUAGUUUAUGUGGGGCGGAAGACUUACGACACGCUGAAGAAGCAAGCGGAUAAAAUGCAGGAGUUUUAUCAAAACGGUGAAGAAAUAAUCGCGCGUUUUAAAAAGAAUGCAGAAGUGGAACGCGAAAAGCAACCACCAACUGGUAUGAAAAGGGACAAAUCAUUGCUGUUCACAGCUGUGCCGGAAGAGGACCACACCAUGAUAUCACCGCCAAGCAAAGAUCACCAUACGGAGAAUAGAAAACCCAGUAUGCCCGACGUCGUCCCAUUCACGAACAAACCCCGUCUCAGACCAAACAAACUCUCACUUAGCAGCUUCAAAACGCAAAAAUCCUUAGACGAAGUAGUGACGGAAAACGAAACAAAAUUCACGGGCCAAACUAGUGUUUGUUCAACCCCAAUGAUCGAAUACAAAAGACUACACGGCAACAUGCUGUCGAUUUGCCAAAAUCCGGAUAACCAAACACAGGAAAAAUCGCCGGAUUUAGAACCGGACGUCCUAAAGAACAUAGAAAACUGUGCCAAAAUGAAGAUAGAAAGUGAGAAACGAGAUAACAAAAUGGUUUUAGAUAUCAAUUGUAUAGCUGAUCAUUUUAUAAAUAAACCUGAACCAAUACGGAAACUAGCGAGUGUUAUGGAUAUUCAAGAGACUUUCCGGAAGCUAUCGAAUAGAGCAACAUCCAAGUUUAAGUUAAAGCGAUCGCAAAAUGAAGAUGAUUCUCCAUUGGAAGAAACUAGGAGUCCAAGUACUCUCACAAUUAAUGACCCAUUAUUCCCUGUGUUUAGGAACGAUGGUGUUGCCAUAUCAGAGUCCCUCUUUAAUCAGUACCUGGAGCAGUAUUAUUCUAGAAUGAAACAAGAGUCAAAAGAAGAGAACAUGUUCAAUUUCAACUCAAAACUUGGAGAGCCUGAGAAGUUUGAAGAUUUCGACUCAGAAAUGACAAAGUCACCUCAAAGGACUCCAAAGAAGAUAGUGAAAGAUUCUACAAAAACACUGCCAAGUGAUCAGUCCAGGCGUAAAGCGUUAUCAUUACCUCUUAAAUCGUUGACGGAGAGUUCCGAAGCCCAAAUCGAUGCGGAGGCAGUUGGUUUUAAAAAGAAAUUAUCAGGAGUACAACUAACACCACUAAUGGAGAAGUUGAGUCAUUUAGCAUUCACAUCAGAUAAGUCCAGUGGAUACAGUAGCAGGGUGAUGACUCCGUUAGAGAUUAGAGAGUUUCUGACACCAGCUGCCGAACGUCAAGUUUCCUUCUCUGACAGGAAUAAGACCCACCGAGAAGACAGUGAUAGUGAUUCAGAAACUGAAAGUAACUUGGACCUUCUGCCUGAGUACAGUCAGCAUGCAGUAAAAUGCGCACUCUUCGUAAGCGGAUUGCAAAAUAUGGCGCUGCUGGCGCUACUCGAGGUGGAUGCUGCUGACAAUGUCGACACCAUUAAUAACCUGACCAUGUCUUCCAAUCGACGUAGAGAGUUUUCAUUGCGGCAAGACGAAAUUAUAGAAUUCUUGAUGGCUGACUACAGCGAUGAUGAGGAGGGUUUAGUCCUUGAUGAAGAGGAUCAAACUUUUUUAGAGCAAGAUAUAGACACGGGUAUUUCAACUGUUGAAAUUGAACCGGGGUCAGCAUCUCCAGAAGAGAAUGUUAUUGAAAAUCAACAGCCUAGUUCUAAUGUCCCUUAUUUCAACUGGCGAAAAAAUUCAUAUUCUCCGCAUAAUUUUUGUGAAAUGGAAGGGUAUAACUUCGGCGAGGUGCACAUUUUUGAUCAAACUUCUGAUACGGAACUGACUCCUGUAAAAAUUUUCAAUGCGGCUACAGGCUUCGAAGAAUUAGUAGAGAAGAUUAUUGUUCGUGAAUCCAUACGCUACGCUCAUCAAAAUGGAAGAUCUUUUACGUUGACUGAUGAAGAAGCCAAAGCUUUCUUCGGCAUGAACUUUGUGAUGGGGUAUCAUUGUUUACCUACAUUCAGGAGCUAUUGGUCUACAGAUCCUGACAUGGGAGUUCCUUACAUUGCUAAUGUGAUGCCUAUAAACCGCUUUGAAGAAAUACGUACGAACUUGCAUUUUAGUGACAAUUCUAAUGAACCUAAUAGAACCGAUCCGUCUUAUGAUAGAGCAUUCCAAAUACGACCUGUUAUAGAUCAUUUCAACCAUGCUUUUCAAAGAGUGAUGACACAUGAUCAAGUUCAAGGGGCAUAA